CCCAGUUUCCUUUGAUGGUCCCGCAAAGAGCAGAGGGGGCAGAUGCCACUGGUGGGCAAGCCCCAAACCCCCAGGGAAGGGGGAAAGCGGCGGGCGAGAGCCCAGGAGAGCCGUGACAGAGGGGACACCACGGGAGGGGCCGAAGGGCAGCAGCGGGGCCGGGUCCCUGCGGCUCCUCCCACCCCGUGUCUGCCAGCUGGGCCCUGGCCGAGCCCUCCUGGAGGGGCUGCAUUGCCCAGCUGGCCCCGAGGGCUGGCCCAGGGCCUCUUGGCCGAGCCCCCCAGAGCCAGGCUGGCUCUGCCCGUGGCCCAGGACAGGCCCAGCUGGGCUCGGCUGGCUCACGGGCACGGCCGAGCUGGGGCUCAGGGUGGCGGGGCUGGGCACAGCACGUCCCAAAGGAUGCUCGGCAUUCUUUGUAAGCAACGUGAGGGAUUAGGGACAGAGCAGGGUUUAUUGGGGCUGUGAGCUGAGCUCCAGCAGCACCCUGGCUGUCAUGUAAUGAUGGGCCAUGGCUGUUCCUCCCAUGGGUCCAGGGCACGUUUCCACACCAAUCUCCCCGAUGUUGAUGUCUAUAAUUGUAUUGCGUCAUUAUCUCUCUGAUGUAGCUUGUCAGCGUGAAUUCCUAAUUACCUGGGUUUUUUUGCCACCGCUCCCUUUCCUGAUGCCCCAGGCCCUUGGGGAGAUGUAUAAAAGGCCCAAAGGUUUCACAGAGCUCUAUCCACCUUCCACUGCUUGACUCGCCUUGUCAACUUGCUUUGCCAGCCGAGCCGAAGGAUGUCCUGCUCCAGCCUGUGUGUCCCCAGCUGCGGGGUGGCCACCCCGGCCCCUCUGGCUGACACCUGCAACGAGCCCUGCGUGCGGCAGUGCCCCGACUCCACGGUGGUCAUCCAGCCCCCGGCCUCGGUGGUCACCUUCCCCGGGCCCAUCCUCAGCUCCUUCCCGCAGCAGAGCGCCGUGGGCUCGGCCGGAGCUCCCUACGUGGGAGCCGGCUCCGGGGGCGCCUUUGGAAGCCGUGCGGGCUACGGGGCCCUUGGGGGCUAUGGAGGUUAUGGAGGCUGGGGCUAUGGAAGCCGUGGUGGCUACGGGGGUUGGGGCUAUGGAGGCCGUGGAGUCUACGGGGGCUGGGGUUGUGGAGGCUGGGGCUAUGGAGGCCUUGGGGGCUAUGGGGGCUAUGGGAGCUGUGGCUACGGCGGCUGGAGCAGUGGCCACCGCUACCUGAAUGGCAACUGCUGGCCCUGCUAAGCCCCAGCCCCAGUGCUGCCUCAGAACAAGAAGUGCUCCAGGAGAAACCCCGGCACAUCCCGACCCGACGCUCUGUGGACCAAAACCCCUUGGGCAUGGCCGGGCUCCGCACCUCGGCAGCCUCGUGCCAGCUUGGGAACCAGCUCUGCCUUGUCCCUGCCCUUCCUGAGCAUCCCUGCGGGGCUCCUGGUGCCCUGGUGCUAAAGACUGGCCCAGGGCUGCUGCUCCUGCUCGCCCGGCUGUGCCCAGGGCCAGGCCACGGCAAGCCCUUGGCCAUGGCCCUGCUCCUCUGCCCAGCCCCU